GUUAAUUCGGGUCAAUAGCAGCACACGCCCGUAUAAGAGAGAAGACGGUCAUUAGGCAUGAAUUCGAAGGAUCAAGCGCAACUUACCACCCACAUCUCCUUUCAAGCAUGUUCACGAAAUCCCUUCUCGUUGCCUUUUCAUUGAUUACCCUGGCACUAGCCGUGCCGCUAGGUGAUAGCGAGAAGAGAGCCUUCACUGCGGAGGACCUCUUCCUAGAGGCUAAGUCCGAUGUGGUCGUCAACGCUCGAGGUCUCUCUGCCGACGAUCUCUUCCGUGAGGCAAAAACAGAUGUCGUCCAGAAUCUAAAGAGGGGAUUGACUGCUGAGGAUCUUGUCGCGGAAGCCAAGACGGCUGUUGUUCAGAAUCUCAAGAGAGAAUUGACCUUCGACGAAUUGGUUAGUGAAUCGCGUACUGGAGUCCUUCAGGGCAACGAAAGACGGGGUCUAGCCAUUGAAGAGUUGAUUAACGAAUCCAAAGCCAGCGUCCUCCAGAACGCCAAGAGAGACAUCGCUUAAAGCGGCAAGUAUAGUACGAGUGUGAGACUGUCCUUUCAGUUCGUUGGUAGACUUUUGGCAA